GUGGCUACACUGCGCCACCUGAGCCUCCCGUGUGGUCCGUCACCACCUUGACGCCUGUACAGUGUUCCAGUCACCUGGGCUCGAGGAGACUCAAAUUUGGAAGCCAGUACAUUGCGUGCAUUGCCAGGCAGCUUGUGUGCGUGCAUUGCCAGGCAGCUAGUGUGCGUGCAUUGCCAGGCAGCAAGUGUGCGUGCAUUGCCAGGCAGCUAGUGUCAAGUCCUAUAUAACAUCAGUAAUGUUUGAAAUGCUCAUAUAUAGUUAAUAAUAAAGUAAUUCUGACGAUUUGGAGCUGGAUGUGUCGUCUAUAUGUGCUAUACAUACAAUAGGUGAAGAGGCACGAUGGGUAACUGGUCAGCUAAGACUGCUGACACAAAUUCAACAUCAACUGCAUCAACAAUUGUAUACCAGCCACAGCAACCAAAUGUUCCUGUAUACCAGCCACAGCCACCCAGAACAAGCUCAGCUAGAGUGACAGCAGUAUCAUCACAUGUAAAUGCAACAUCAACACCAACAGUUGUAGAUAUAGCACACCAAACAAUCAAACACAGUGCAAAUAACUAUAUAAUUCCCAAAUUACAUCAGGAUGACAGGCAACAGCCACAACACAUUAAUCCUCCUUCCCAGGUGCUACCAGACAGGUUUGCAUUACGUGUUUGCCCUCAGUACAAUAGUAAAAAUGGUUGCAAAGCUAAAAUUUGUAGAAGGUUGCACGUGUGUUUUUACUGGGUUAUGAAGGGCUGUAAAAAGGUUAACUGUGAAAAUGCUCAUUCAUUUACAUCAACUCAUAAUAAUGAGAUUUUAAAUGUUUUCUCAAAGAGAGAUUUUGAUAUGUAUAUUAUUGAAGUCCUACAGAAUAAUCACAAACGAAAGAAAAGGCUAAAUAAGGAAAAAAAUGACUGUAUUUGCAUAUAUGGCAUCAUGAAUAAGUGCAACAAGAAUCCUUGUUCCCAAGUUCAUAGCAAGAAAACUUAUCAGUGGGAGGUGAAAGAUAAUACUGGAAAGUGGCUACAGUUUUCAUACGCACAAAGUGAUCAUUUAGAAAGUUUAUUCUGGCAUCCAUCUAAAAUUGAGGUUGAAUUGCCUCCAUUACCAUCAGAUAUAAAAAAUCAUAAAGCAUUUCAACAACUCAAAUAUCUUUUGGCAAAAGAUCAGUCACAAUGGAAAGUUAAUAUGGAAUCAAUGACGCUCUACACAGGCCAUUUCAUUUACAAUAUACGUAGACUGUCAACACCUUCAGAUAUCACAUCUGACCUUCAUUUGUCUUCUCGUUGGAUUUGGUACUGGCAAGAUGAUGAUGAAUCGUGGAAACCUUACACAGAUGGUUCUCAAAGGUAUUUUAUUGUAGCUCUCAGUGAUCAGUUGGAAUAUCAUCAGCACUUUGGUAAUGGUACUUUCCAUGUUAAAAUUGGCAGCCAUAACUAUGACAUUAAUAUUCUGAGUAUGACACAAGUAAACAAAGACACAGGAAAGAUACGAAAGAUUCGGAGAAGACCAGUCUGUAUGGUACAGGUAUCUGAGAAUAAGGUAACAACAUUUAAUGGAAUGUUCUCAACCUUGCAAAGUGACAAGAGUUUCAUGUUGCAUGAUGUAUUAUCUUCAACUGCAGAAUUUAUUUUUAUAGAGAAUAUGUUAAAGGAAUCUCUUUCAAGUGUUAAAAUAUCAAGCAUAAAAAAAGUUCAGAAUGACCAUUUAUGGAAAGCAUACCAAAACAAAAAACAGCAGCUUUCAGCUUUUUAUAGCAAUGAUUUAUCACUGUUAAAUGAGCAAUAUCUCUUCCAUGGGACAAAACAUUCAGUAAUUGAUGAAAUUUGUUGUAAUAAUUUAGACUGGAGACUUUUUGGUAGUAAUAUUGGUAAUAUAUUUGGCCAAGGAACAUAUUUUUCUGAUAAAGCUAGUGUAUCAGAUAGCUACUGCGAGACAAAUAAUUCAGGAUUAAAAGCACUCUUUGUAGUAUAUGUUUUGGUUGGCACAAUGACAGUUGGAAAUAAAAAUAUGGAGUUCCCUCCUGAAAAUCCUGCAACGGGGAGAUGUUUUGAUACUACAUGUAAUGAUAAGAAUAACGCAGAUAUAUUUGUGAAGUACAAUAGAGAUGAGUAUUAUCCAGCUUACAUAGUGAAGUACAAUGCCAAACAUAUUUUUUAAAAUCGACCUUGAUUGUCCAAGGAAACAAAGAUAUACAAUCAAAAGGUAAUUCAGAGAUAAAUCAAGCAUUAAAUGUAAGAAAAUACAUUUUCAUGAUGGGCCCUUGACAUCUUCCUGAGCUAAGCACUGGACCUGCUAAAGCUUAGGGAGAUGCACCAGGCCUCUGAGACCCACCUUUUCCUACUGAAAG